AUGGACGCCACCGACCGGCUAAUGCCGGGUCCCGAGGGCAAAACACCAAGGUUAAUUCUUAGAUUACAGACCAUUUCAAAAUCUUCUCAAAAUCUUCGAAUUUUCAGAUUCUACGAAGUGGAUCGUGGUAAUAAAACCGAAAGCUAUAUCAGUGCGGUAUCCGGAAAUCCCGUCGUCCCAGAACACAUAAUGCUCAAAGAGAAACGACCGGAUCCAGAAGAGCCGGCUCCACAGAAGCCAUGGGAACGGCCACCAGUCGUGGCGAGACCCAAAAAUCCCGAUCAAAUUGGAUUGAGUGAAGAGGAGUUAGAAGAGUUCAGAAAUGAUCCAUGUUGGAAAUUUAUAAGAACCGUCCUAUUCAUCUUAUUCUGGCUCAUAUGGUUAGCUCUUUUCGCCGCGGCCAUUCUCCUUGUCUGUCUCUCCCCAGCAUGCAUCGUCCGUGAGAAGCCCAACUGGUGGCAGACAGCAGUAGCCUACCAUGUAUGGAUCCCAUCGUUCCAAGAUUCAGAUGGCGAUGGCGUCGGAGACGUUGAAGGUCUGAUUGACCGCUUAGAUCAAUUAAGGAAGUCAGGAGUUCAAACUGUGUGGCCAUCACCGUUCUUAAUAUCGGAUGAUGAGAAGACAGCGGUGAGAAGUUUCAGUCAGAUGGACCCGAAACUUGGUGUGAAUCAGAAGGCUGAUGAGUUGAUCGAGAAGAUUCAUGAGAAAGAAAUGAAAAUCAUCAUCUCCAUUCCAAUCGCUACCACUUCUCUGGAACACGAAUGGUUUUUGAAUUCUGCAUCUGCUUCGAAAACUCCAAAUGCCAAUUAUUCGCAAUUCUACACAUGGGUCAGCAAGGCAGCCGAUUCCAACUUUUUCGCAGAGCACAAGAAUCUCUUUUAUCUUCAUGAGAAAGGAAACGCAAAAUCGGCGGUUCUAAACUGGCAAAACAGCAAUCUCCGUGAGCACAUGUUCAACGCCUUGUCCAGCUGGAUAGAUCGAGGAAUUGAUGGAUUCGAGUUGCUUGGAAUUGAGUACUUGGCACGUACGCCAAACGGAACGGAGCCAGAAUGGAAUGCAAUUUAUGACGUCAUCAGGGAUAUUCGAUUCCACGUGGAUACCUACUCGAAUGAGAGUACAAUUGCCAAGGGGAAGAAAGUCGCAUUAUUCUCAACCCGAGAAGAAGCCAAAGAGAAGGACAAGAAGCGAAUGGCAAAGGCCGGCAUGGAUACAGUAAUCAACUAUGAGUUGGGAGAAGUUGAGAAGGAUACGAAAAUCUGCCAUAAGAAUGAGGGAUCCGUUGCGACGUGUGUUCAUGAGAUCCUUUCGGAUGUCUUGUUGUUCCAUUCGUUGAAUGAACAAGUUUGGCCGCAUUGGAGAUUCGGUUCCCCAGACCUCGCUCGUUUGGCCUCCCGAGUUGGAUCUCGACCUCAUGCUCAACUCCUCAUGAUGCUCCAAAUGGUCCUUCCCGGAACCAAUAACAUCUACUACGGAGAAGAAAUUGGAAUGAGAAAUCUGGCAAACGAUUCUCGUGUCCCACCACAAAGAGGAGCCAUGCAAUGGGAUGAUUCAUUGAAUGGCGGUUUUACAUCAGCCAUCAGUCCACCGGUUCCUUCGAAUAUCGACGUGGCGAAUAUCAAUUGGAAACGACAGUACUCUGAACCACAGAGUACACUGAAAAUAUUUGCGAAAUUAGCGAAAUUGAGACAGAGAGAGGAUGCACUGAAGACGGGAACCACUCUGAUUGGACGGUUGGUCGAUGGAGCAUUCACUGUUACGAGAUUCAAUAAUUUUGAGAAUCGAACAACUGGAAAUAUCUACGUUGCCGCUCUGAACUUUGCUGAACACCCAGUCAAGCUGCCAUUGACAGAUCUUCCCAAUAAUGAGAAGCUUCAGAAAUCUACAAUCGUUACGGCCACAUCAAAUUGUGAAGCUUUCUACGCCCGUCAAACCGUCGAUUUUGGUGGAAAAGAAGUCGAACUGGAACCCAAUCAAGGAGUCGUUUUCCGUUAUUCUGCUUAA